AUGGCGGACCAGAAGAAUCUCCACUUUGAUACCCUGCAAUUGCACGCUGGUCACGAACCCGACUCGACCACAAACUCCCGCGCCGUCCCCAUCUACGCAACCACCUCCUACACCUUCAAUGACUCCGCUCACGGCGCGAGGCUCUUCGGCCUCAAAGAAUUCGGCAACAUCUACAGCCGAAUGAUGAACCCCACCGUCGAUGUCUUCGAAAAACGCGUAGCCGCUCUCGAGGGCGGCGUGGCUGCCGUGGCCGCCUCGUCCGGCCAAUCUGCCCAAUUCAUGGCCAUCGCGGCCCUGGCUCAUGCAGGCGAUAACAUUGUCUCGACGAGCAAUCUGUACGGGGGCACGUACAAUCAGUUCAAGGUGAUGCUGCCGCGGCUGGGCAUUACGACCAAGUUUGUGAAUGGCGAUCACCCAGCUGAUAUUGCUGCGGCGAUUGAUGAUCGGACCAAGGCGGUUUAUGUCGAGACGAUUGGGAAUCCGCGGUACAACGUGCCGGACUUUGAGGCCGUUGCGAAGGUGGCGCAUGACAAGGGCGUUCCGUUGGUGGUGGACAACACCUUCGGUGCAGGCGGCUACUUUGCCCGCCCCAUCGAUCACGGCGCCGACAUCGUCGUUGAAAGCGCCACCAAGUGGAUUGGCGGACACGGCACGACCAUCGGAGGCGUCGUCGUCGACAGCGGCAACUUCGACUGGGGCAAGAACGCCGCCCGAUUCCCUCAAUUCACCGAGCCCUCCGAGGGAUACCAUGGGCUCAAGUUCUGGGAGACCUUUGGCCCGAUUGCAUUUGCGAUUCGGGUGCGCGUGGAGAUCCUGCGAGACCUUGGCUCAGCGUUGAAUCCCUUUGCAGCGCAGCAGUUGAUCCUGGGUCUGGAGACGCUCAGUCUCCGCUGUGAGCGCCAUGCUUCGAAUGCGCUUGCGCUGGCUCGGUGGUUGAAGACAAACGAGCAUGUUUCGUGGGUCUCGUAUCCCGGGUUGGAGGAGCAUGCGUCGCAUGCGACGGCGAAGAAGUACCUGACUCGUGGGUUUGGGGGUGUUUUGUCGGUGGGUAUCAAGGGCGGUGCGGCCGCCGGGCGUCAGGUUGUUGAUGGGUUCAAGUUGAUUUCUAAUCUUGCCAACGUUGGUGAUGCCAAAACUCUGGCCAUUCACCCUUGGUCGACAACUCACGAGCAGCUGAAUGACCAGGAGAAGCUUGAUUCGGGUGUGACGGAGGAUGCCAUUCGGAUCUCGGUGGGUAUUGAGCAUAUUGACGAUAUCAUUGCCGAUUUUGAGCAAUCUCUGCGUGCGUCCAAGGCUGCGUUCCCAGAUCGGACGGCAUGA